AUUCUUUUGAUUCUUCUUUCCCCAUCGACGCGAAACAUCAUCACCCAUUCUCUUUUUUUUUUUCUUCUUCCUUCUCUUUCUUUUUCAUCCAUCAAUGAAAUCAUUUCCUUCUCUCUUCGAGUCGCUCCUUGUCUCGCCAUAAUACCCUCCCGUCUCCACCGAAUUUAAUUAUUCACUGUAAUUUAUCAUCUCAUCAUAUCGUUUCGAUAACAUAACAACAUGACCGACAAGCUGCCCCCUAACCUUCUCGCGCUCUUCGCGCCGCGACCACCUUUGCGAUGGGUGCCUGCGCCCGACUUCCCGCCCGAGCAGCGCAAAACACACCCCAUCACUGGCCUUGGCGAAUACCUUCCCGCUCUCGCUGCAUACAAGGAUAAAGAUGGAUAUCGUCCUACCGAGAGCUGGUUACAAAUGCGCGACAGAAAGAAGCUGGAGAAGAAGGCGAAACAAGAGAGGAUGUUGACAGAAGGUCCUUUGUAUUACAAACCUAACGAAGAUCCUAACAUUCGCGGCGACCCAUUCAAGACUUUGAUUGUCGCCCGACUUAGUUAUGACGCCAACGAGCACGACCUGGAGAAGGAAUUUGGGCGCUUUGGACCUGUUGAGCGCAUUCGCAUUGUGACCGAUACUCAUGCCCAUGAGAAACCCAAUAAGAAGAAGAAACCUCAUCGCGGAUAUGCUUUUGUUGUUUUUGAACGUGAGAAAGACAUGAGAGCUGCUCUAGAUGGUUGCGAUGGCAUCCGUAUUAGGGACCGCCGAAUUAAGGUAGACGUUGAGAGAGGCCGAACAGUUAAGGGCUGGAAGCCUCGUCGUUUCGGUGGUGGCCUAGGUGGUCGGGGAUACUCCAAAGCUGCUCCUCCCCAACCCCGAGGACCUGGAUUUGGAAGUGGCUUUGGUGGCCGCGACGGUUUCCGUGGAGGUUUCCAAGGCCGUGGAAGAGGUGGAGGGGGAUUUAUGGGUGGUCGUGAUCGCGGCUUCCGAGGAGGAGGAGGGGGAGGAGGAGGCGGCGGCGGCGGUGGUGGCGGAGGAGAUUUCGGUGCUGGUCGUGAUCGUGGAUUUGGUCCGCAGAACGGUUACAACCCGCCUCCUAAUGCGCCAGCUGGCCCUAACUGGGGUGGGCGCCGUGGAUUUGGUGGAGGUGACCGGGAUCGUGGUGGAUCAAGCGGUGGGUAUGACUCGCGCAACGGCAGUCGCUCAUAUGAUGAUAGAUCAGGCGGAAAUCGUGACGGAGGCAGAUUCGGCGGCGACCGCGACCGUCGAAGCGGCGCUAAUUUCGAGCCGGUUCGUGGCGGACGAGAAUAUCGAGACUACGACCGGUCGAGAGAGGACGACAGCCGAAAACGGGGUUACGAAGGCAGCUAUGAGGAUCCGCGUAAGCUACGACGCUACUAAGCCGACUGACUUUCUUAUCGAGGUAAGAGUCCGUCUGUCUUGGUGGGUAUCUUCUGUCUUCCCGUACUUCUGCGUCUCUAUCCAUCAUCGUCAUCACUACCACCCCGACUCUUCCUUCUGCCUUUCGACACCAAGGGUAAGCAAGGGUAAGAUCAUGUUCUUGACAACUACCAAAUAGACGACAGCUGCCCUCAACAAUAACAACAACAGCCCGGCGAUAAACCAAAAAGGUAAUCAGGAGGUUAGCAAAUCCCUCAUUUGGUUGAAAUUCGGAUCGACUCUUAUUCAGUUGUGGUUGACGUUUAAUGUCCAUUUUUGCCUUCGGAAUCAUCACGACAUCCUUUACUGCUACCGGAAUUGGAGAGGUAAUACGUUUUUUCUACACCCUCACAUGUACUCUAUAAUGACCGUAGGGAAUAAUUGCAAGGUCUAGCCAUGUCGCACAUGAUAAAUGGCGCGAAUAGUUUCCCCCAGGUAAGGUCGGAGGUAAGAGAAUAUAAGACAAGCCUACUGACCGGGGUAUUCUUUCUUGCUAAGGGGGGAAGGGGAAGGGAGGAAAAAGGCGUUGGGGGUGAAGAAAAAGCAACGAGUCAACGAGUUCAUUCGAGUGCCACAUAACCAUAGCUUGUUUGCCUUAUGUGUAGGACCUGAUCAUUUGCCGAAUAUUGUAACAUAGCCGAUAGUAGUCACGAAACACAAUGAAUGCUAGUAGCAUCUUAGAUG